UUCGAACUUCCGCAGCUGACACCAAACCACAGCUGAUGCUGCAAGCAGAACCCUGCAGCCAUCAGCAGCCAUGGCUGAGGGCAAGAGCGGGGCCGGGCUGUUCGCCAAGCAGGUCCAGAAGCACUUCAGCCGGGCACAGGAGAAGGUUCUGCAGAAGUUGGGCAAAACCGUGGAAACCAAAGACGAGCAGUUUGAGCAGAGCGCAAACAACUUCCAGCUGCAGCAGAAUGAAGGCAACAAACUCUACAAAGACCUGAAGGCUUUUGUUGGCGCGGUGAAAGUGAUGCACGAGAGCUCACGAAAAGUGACCGAAACGCUGCAGGAGAUCUACAGCAGCGAAUGGGACGGACACGUGGAGCUGAAGGCCAUCGCAGACAGCAACGACUUGCUGUGGGAAGACUAUGAGGCGAAGCUGGGCGACCAGGCGCUGCGCCUGAUGGAGAACUACCUGGCUCAGUUUGGGGACAUUAAGGAGCGCAUCGCCAAACGCGGCCGCAAACUGGUGGACUACGACAGCGCUCGGCACCACCUGGAAGCACUGCAGAACUCCAAGAAAAAGGACGAGGCCAAGAUUGCCAAGGCUGAGGAGGAGUUCAACAGAGCGCAGGCGGUGUUCGAGGAGCUGAACCGGGAGCUGCGGGAUGAGCUGCCCGUGCUGUAUGGGAGCCGCAUUGCCUGCUACGUCACCAUCUUCCAGAACAUCUCCAACCUGCGUGACAUCUUCUACAAAGAGAUGAGCAAGCUCAACCGUGACCUCUACGAGGUGAUGGGGAAACUUGACAAGCAGCACUCCAGCAAAGUCUUCAUCAUCAAAGGUGUCUCCAGCAACCGCCGCUCGCUGCUCAUCUCGGCCCCCGUCAGCCCCCCAGCCGUCUACCCUUGCCCAGAGAAGGCACCCAACUGGGACCCCUCAUCAGCAGCAGAGCAAACACCAACGACCCCUGGUGCGGGCAGCGAUGCCACUGAGGAUGUCCCCAAUGGCCCCGCAGCACCGGGUCCAGCUGAGCCGGGUGUCCCCAUGCCUGGACCCCCUCCAGCCUCACCCGCAAGUGUGGGGUCUGCGUCGGAGUCGGAGUGCAGCGAGGAGAGUCAUGAGAUCGACCUCAGCCCCCAAGAGAUGGAGGUGUCCGCGGGCAGUGGGUGCCCUGAACACCCCAAAACAGAGAAGGGUGACGGGGGGGGAGUGGAGGGCAUCGCUGCAUCCAUGGCUUCCAUGAUCCUCUCCGAGGCCAUCGCUGCGGCCACCGGUGCUGCUCCGGAGGGCAGCGAUGGCACUGAUGGUGGGGACAGCAUCGACAGUGAGACCAGCCCUGUGGAGGGGGCAGGGGAGGGUCCACCCCCCGAGGGAUCAGAGGAGAGCGUGGAGGGGACGGAUGUGUCCCCAGAGGUGGGGUCGGAGGCAGGGCCCCAUGAGCAAGGCACACCCGAACCACUGGAGCAGGACGUGAGCUGUGACCCCCCCCAGGACACCAGCGAAUCCCUCACCCCACUGUGACCCCCACUCUGUGGCCCCCACGCCCAGAGCAGUGCAGGCAGUGAAGGGGGAGCAGCUUUAUGGGACUGCCUGCAGAUCACUGCGCGUAACCAGAAUGUGCUUCACAACACAGGGCUGAAAUAAAGGCAGAGGGCAGCGCCAGCACCUGGAAAUGCA